CCCAAACAUUCCCGGCUUCUCCGGAAGCCUCCUGCCAGCUCUGCCUGCUCAAAGUCACCUUGUCCCAAGCCGCCGCGCUCUGGCCUCUCCCGGCAAAUCAUUAAUCGGCUCCUCGGCAUUCCCGCAUGGAAAAAUGCCCCAGCGGGCACCCCCGGCCUGGCAUUCGGACAUGCAGCUGCCCGGGAAGCUGCUCCUGUCGGCGGCCGCGCUGCUGCUCCUGUCCCUGGCGUUCAGGUUUUAUAGGAACCGCUCGCUUCCCGAGGGAAAAACCCCACCGGGAGAGCAGCGGGAAAACCAGGAUGGGGAUGGGGAUGGGGAUGGGGGUCUGAGGAGGAGGAGGGGUGGGGAGGACAAAUCUGGGAAUGGCCCCGGGAUGCAGCACGAGGAUCUCAGGGGGGAGAGGAGUUUUCCAAGGAGUGAGGAGGAGGAAGGAGAGGGGAUGGGUUCGGAGCUGGGUCUGAUUCCCAGGAAAGCCCCGCUCGGUCCAGAUGGGAGGGAAAGGGAGCUGGGAAGGAAACUGGGAUGGAAGUUGGGAACAAAAUCGGAAAGCAAAGCAGGAAUCGAGCUGGGGAAUGAUCCCGGGAGCAGGACGGGAAGCGAGCUGGGAAGCGAGCUGGGAAGCGAGCCGGGAAGUAAGUCGGGAAGUAAGUCAGGAAGCAGGCUGGGAAUCAAGCCAGGAAAUAAUCCAGGAAGAAAGCCGGGAAGUGAGCCGGGAAGCAAAUUGGUAACGAAGGCAGGAAAUGAGUCGGGAAGUGAGCAGGGAAGCGAGCCGGGAAUAGAGCUGGGCACCAAGCUGGGAAGUAAGUUGGGAAUUAAGUCAGGAAGCAAGGCAGGAAUCGAGCUGGGAAGUGAUCUGGGAAGCGAACCAGGAAGCAAGCUGGGAAGUGAGCCAGGAAUUUUGCCGGGAAGCGAGCUGGGCCCUCACGACCCUGCGGAUAGGGACACACCUGCCCCGAGCUCCGGGUGCUCCCCAGGGAUUUGGGAUACCCGGACGGCAGGGGAUGGAUGCGCCCAGGGCACGGAGCAGGAUCCAGGCAGCCGAGGCCGGAGCGGGGAGGGCAGCACGGGCACCAUCCGGACCCUCAGCGUCACCUCCAACCUGGGGCUGCUGCUGACGACGAGCGAGGCGGGCUCGGACUCGUCCUACUCCUUCUCCUCGGUGGCCAAGAUCCAGGUGGAGGAGAACUUCAUCCCAGAGCACCGGGACAGGGACAAGGACAACCCCCCAGGGCCUGGCCUGCGGGGCAAAGUCUACGACUACUUUGUGCAGUCCGUCUCCGAGUCGGUGUCCAGGCAGACGUCCCUGCCAUUCAUCCCUGCGGGGACAUCCCAGGGCCGCGGGGAGCGGGGCCGGGCAGAGCCGCAGAGAACCCAGGAGCAGAAUCCAGCUUUGGAAACUCCUGAUCCCACCACCUCGUGCACAGCUCCACAGGAGGGCACGGAGAGCCCUCCUGAGCCACCCUCUCCUGGCACCCUCGGGAUCCCGCUGUCCGGCGAGGGCGGUGGAGUCGCAGCUCCAUGUCCUGACCCCUCCGAGGUGCCACCACCCGCCCGGGUGCACAUGGGGAACUGCUACGAGGUUCUGUGCGCGGCCAAGGCGCAGCAGCUGCGGGCCCUGCAGGACGCCGCGCUCCGGGUGAUGAGUGCCCACCUCCUGCAGGUGCUGCGCUCCCCGGCCAUCUACAGCCGCCUCAACGCUGGCGAGCGGGAGCUGCUCCUGCGGCACCGCACCCGCGGGCGGCCACGCCUGGUGGUGGCCGAUGUCCCCCUGGCUGAGCCCGGCCACCGCCGCGGCCGCCUCUGCUACUACGACGAGGACGAGGACCGCUGGUGCCACGUGUGCCACAUGCCGGCCGAGGUGGCCGGGCGGGGCAGUGCCAUGUGCAGCCUGUUCAAUUACCUGUUCGUGGUGGCCGGCUGGGAGGGCGAGGGCCGGGCGCGGAGCCCCUCUCGCCGCGUGCUCUGCUACGACCCCCUGGCCGACAGCUGGCGCGACAUCUGUCCCCUGCGCCAGGCACGGCCUCGCUGCCAGCUGGUGGCCCUGGACGGCCACCUCUACGCCAUCGGGGGCGAGUGCUUGGCCACCGUGGAGCGCUACGACCCCCGGCGGGAUCGCUGGGCCUUCGUGGCCGCCCUGCCCAGGGACACCUUCGCCGUGGCCCACGCGGCCACCGCGUGCGACGGGGACAUCUACGUCACCGGGGGCACCCUGCGCUCGCUGCUGCUGCGCUAUGACGCCCGCGGGGACAGCUGGGCCACCAGCCCGGCCAUUGGCGACCAGGACAGGACGGCCGAGCUGGUGAGCGCCCACGGCUUCCUGUACCGCUUCCAGCUGCGGCGCGGUGCUGGCAACACCGAUGUCGCCGAUGUCACCGUGUCGCGGUGCAGCGCCAGCGCCAGGCUGUGGUACCGCUGUGCCAGCCACCCCCUGCCCGAGCCCGCCGGGCUCCGCUGCGCCGUCCUGGGCAGCCUCGUCCACUGCCUGGGCAGGAAUUCCCAUCUCCGCUUCCUGGCCGACCCCGUCUCGCCGCGGUUCGGGGCCAAGGAGCUGCGGCCUUUCCCGGAGCCCCACGGGAGCCUCCUGCCCGCGGUCCUGGUGCUGCCCGAGGGGGGCACGGAGCCACUGCGGCUCUGAGGGGUCCCCAAGGAGGGGGGGCAGCUGGAGAAGGAGCUCCCAGCGCGCAAUCCGAGCAUUCCAUGGACCCGGCCUCUUCCCACCGCCCGGGAUGGAGGAAGGGAUGGAGCCCUCGGACAGUAGCAGGAAACGCGGCCCUGAGGCUCCGGGAAGAGCCGGACGAGCUGGGUGGACUCGUUUGCUCAGGGCUGUUUGAACAGGGGCGUGUUUGUUUGGCUGGCAGCAAAUCCCGGAUCUCCGCGGGCUCCAGCUGUCCCGGGGCCCUGCAGGACCUGAUUUAGACCCGGCUCAGGACCUGAUAGAGACCUUAUUCAGGACCUGAUAGAGACCUUAUUCAGGACCUGAUUCAGAGCUGAUUUGGGACCUGAUUUAGGACCUGAUUCAGACCUGAUUUAGGACCUGAUUCAGAGCUGAUUCAAACCUGAUUUAGGACCUGAUUUUGGGACCUAAUUUAGGACCUCAUUCAGACCUGAUUUAGGACCUGAUUCAGACCUGAUUUGGGACCUGAUUUUGGGACCUGAUUCAGACCUGAUUCAAACCUGAUUUAGGACCUGAUUUUGGGACCUGAUUUUGGACCUGAUCCAGACCUGAUUUGGGACCUGAUUCAGACCUGAUUUGGGACCUCAUUCAGAGCUGAUUUAGGACCUGAUUUAGGACCUGAUUUGGGACCUGAUUCAGACCUGAUUUAGGACCUGAUUUUGGGACCUAAUUUAGGACCUCAUUCAGACCUGAUUUAGGAUCUGUAUUUGGGACCUGAUUUAGGACCUGAUUCAGACCUGAUUUGGGACCUGAUUCAGACAUGAUUUAGGACCUGAUUUUGGGACCUGAUUCAGGACCUGAUUCAGACCUGAUUUGGGACCUGAUUCAGAGCUGAUUUGGGACCUGAUUCAGACCUGAUUUAGACCUGACUUAGGUUCCCAGUGGUAAACCUUGACCCUGACACAGAUGGAGCGUUUUAGGGUGGAGGUCGGGUCCCCAGGGAGGUCCCACCCGGAGCUCCACCACCCUCGCUCAGACGCCUCACCCUGAGCGAGGUGGAGCUCAGGGUUGGCCUCGUUAUCUCUUAUCUCGUAACUCCUUAUCUCUCACCUCUUCCUCCUCAGCUCGGAGUUCUCUGUAUUGAACCUGCCUCUAUUUAUGUAAAGCGGCAUCGGGGGUUUAGGUGCAGCUGGGCCUAAAUUAAAGCCAACAUUCCAUGAAAUGAACCCCGCGCCUUGUUUUAAGCCGAGCCUAAUGGGAAGCAAGAGCCCGCUGCGUGUUUGACAUCCCGGAUUAGGCACGGGCAGUGCUCCCGGGAGGAAAACACGGGAACAGACACUCCGUCAUCCCCCUUUCCCAGAUUUUCCUGCCUCAGGAGCCAGGGAAGCCCGGGAAGUGCUGGGAGCUCAGGGAUGGAGCUGGAGCACCCCCGGGAAUCUCUGCGUAUCCCACACUUCCAGAGGG